AUGAACAGAUCACCCUCCUUCUCCUCUGCGUUGUUCCCUUUGCCUGGUGCACCCUCGUCGUCGUGGGCCCUUUACCGUGCUCGUCUCUCGAAUCUCCUUCAGAGUGUAGACACUGCUGUCUUUGUCGCAUUCUGGUUAUUUGGCCUCAUCAACAAUGUCCUUUAUGUCAUCAUCCUUUCGGCCGCCCAAGAUCUUGUCGGAAAUGGCAUCCCCAAGGGCGUCGUCCUCCUCGCCGAUGUUAUGCCCAGCUUCCUGACCAAGCUCGUUGCUCCUUACUUCAUCCAUCGCAUACCCUAUGCCUCCCGCAUUUUUGUCUUCGUCGCCCUCUCCUCCGCCGGCAUGCUCCUUAUCGCCUUCACACCGCCGUCUCAAUCGGUGGCCGUCAAGCUGAUUGGUGUCGUCUUGUCUAGCAUCAGCAGUGGUGGCGGCGAGCUGAGCUUUUUGGGUCUCACACAUUACUAUGGUCACAUGAGUCUGGCCGCUUGGGGUAGUGGUACCGGCGGUGCAGGUCUCAUCGGGUCCCUUUUGUAUGUGAUGCUGACGGAUUGGAUCGGCUUCAGCGUCAAGACCAGCUUGCUCGCCUCUGCAUUUCUGCCCAUCAUCAUGCUUGUCAGCUUCUUCAUGAUCCUCCCCCAUGGGCCACUGCGCGCGAGUGCCCGUAAGACCUAUGAACCCCUUGCCGAUCGUGACUCUUUCCAGGAAGAAAGAGAAGGGGCGGAGGACAACUUUGGCGAUAUCCCUACGAGCACAGCAUCAUCCGGCCUUCUUGCUCCCGGACCUGCAGUCGCCGCCACGGCGUUUUCAACGCAUCCCACGGAAGAUGCUCGGAAUGAUUCACUUGCUGCGAAAAUUCGACGAUCCAAGUCGCUCUUCUUCCCGUACAUGCUCCCGCUUUUGCUGGUCUACAUUGCCGAAUACACCAUCAACCAAGGCGUCUCCCCGACAUUGCUCUUCCCGCUGGAUUCAUCGCCUUUUACCGAGUUCAGAUCGUUUUAUCCCUUUUACGGUUUCCUAUAUCAAGUCGGUGUUUUCAUCUCGCGCUCAUCGACCCCUUUUAUCCGCAUCCACCAUCUGUAUCUGCCGUCUUUGCUUCAAGUCGCCAACCUCGUUCUUCUUACUUUGCACGCCCUGUUCAACUUUAUCCCGUCUGUUUAUAUCGUUUUUGUUGUAUCUUUUGGGAGGGGUCUGCUCGGUGGUGCUGUCUAUGUCAACACCUUUGCUGAGAUUAUGGAGAACGUCCCUGCCGAGGAUCGUGAGUUCAGUUUGGGUGCUACCUCGGUCAGCGAUAGCGGCGGUAUCUGUGUGGCUGGCUUUCUCAGCAUGGCAAUGGAGGUAUGGCUGUGCAAUUGGCAGGUUGACCAUGGCCGGGAUUGGUGCAGGCGCAUCAAGGUUGGCUGA